AUGGCCGAGCCAACCGAUUCAGCAGCUGCUGGCUCCUCACAAGCCCCUCCACCGCCAGCGCCGGCCACGGAGCAGCCUGCCGCGGAUACAAGCACCCUUCAGUCACAACAGGCCGCUCCCGCCGAUGCUGUCCCCCCGAAAGCAGACGUAACCGUGCCACAGUUUGUUGCACCAUCGUCAUAUCUCCGCGUAAAACCUUCAGCGCCGGUCAGGGCAGCCGAGCCGGCGCCCAAGUCCCUCAGUCCGCUGGACAGGGAGCAGCGUCAAGGUCUGCAAGCGAUCCGCGAAUUCCUCAAAGUUCGAACCAGUUACGAUGUCCUACCACUCUCCUUCCGUCUCAUCAUCCUCGACACUGAUCUACUGAUCAAAAAGAGUCUCAAUAUCCUUAUCCAAAACUCAAUUGUCUCUGUGCCACUCUGGGACUCUCGCGAAUCAAAGUUUGCAGGUCUUCUGACUAGCACCGACUACAUCAACGUCAUUCAAUACCACUGCCAGUAUCCCGAUGAGAUUAGUCGACUCGACCAAUUCCGGAUCAGGAGUCUGAGAGAUAUCGAGAAAGCCAUCGGAGCCGAACCUAUCGAAACGUUGUCUGUACAUCCGUCUCAGACCCUUUUCGAAGCAUGCACGCAAAUGCUAAAGACCCGCGCUCGACGUAUUCCGUUGGUGGACAUCGAUGACGAAACCGGCAGAGAAACCGUCAUAUCUGUCAUUACGCAGUAUCGUAUUCUCAAGUUCAUCGCUGUAAACAACGAACACAACACCGUCUUGUUGAAGAAGACAGUGCGCGACCUUAGUCUCGGGACAUAUGACAACAUAACAACAGCGAAGAUGGACAGCACAGUGCUAGAUGUCAUUCAUCUGAUGGUCGACAACAACAUUAGCUGUAUCCCCAUCGUCGACGAUGACUACCGACUGCUCAAUGCCUUUGAAGCCGUGGAUGUGAUUCCCUGCAUCAAAGGUGGCCUCUACGAGGAUCUGGGAGGAACAGUAGGAGAAGCAUUGUGCAAGAGACCUGAUGACAGCCCUGGCAUUUAUAUCUGCAACGAAGAAGACCGCCUGGACUCAAUAUUCGACGCUAUUCGAAAGAGUAGAGUGCACAGACUUAUCGUUCUCGAUGAUGACAAUAAGCUCAAAGGAGUCAUCUCGCUAUCGGAUAUUCUUAAAUAUGUCUUGAUUCAUGGAGAAGUUGACGAGCACGACCUCUCUACGAAACCAGACUACCGCGAGCGCCAUGGAGAUUAA